UCUGUAUUGUAAAGCCUAUUAUAAAGAUCAUAGUUUUUGAAAAUUCUCUACCUUUACAGCAUGGCUGGAGAUGGUUUAUUGAUCUGCUCCAUCGACAAUCUUCCUGCACAAUUGCCUCGUGAGGCAACAGAUUAUUUUGGAAAAUUGCUGUUGCCAUGGAUACCAGAAAUGGUAUGCGUUUAUUCUUGGGUUUCACUACGGCAUUAUGCAGUGAAUCUGACGGGGAGUCAACCUCAAAUGUAUUGAUGCUUAUGCUGUACUGGAGUGAGAAAAUGAUACGAAAUUCCAUGUAUUUGUAACCAAACACAAGGCUAAUACAUAAAACGAACAAUCGACUCACUCCGAUAACUGUGUUUUGUUUUGUGAGUUGACCCCUUUCACUUUUGUGACGUUAUAUGAAACCCAAGAAUACAGUAGCUGUUACUUUAUAGUAAGAUUCCUGGCAGAGGCUUAGUUACAAUAGUUAGGUCUAUGAAGGAAUUGUGCAAAAGGUCGAUAAGGUGGGCAAAAACAUCGGGAGAAAUAAAUUGAAAAGCAAGAAAUAGGUGUAAGAUAAUAGUCGAAAUUUCGAACAUUUUUGGCUUCGUCGACGAAAAUUUUGCAUGGGACUUUAGCAGCAAAAUUUUGUUUUUGAUUAGUCGGCCAAAUUUAAUUUCUUUCCCUAUUUUACUAAAUAUUUGCUUAUAUUUUGCAGGUUGCGUCUCACACAAACACUUCUUUUGAGAAUCAAACUCAUUUUUCAGAGACUGUGAGAAAUGUAAGUUAUGUAUAGGUAGUUCCGAACCCUAGUUUUGCAUGAUUGUUUUAACAUAUCGAGCCAGACUCUUAUACAUACAUACGUGUAUUUUUUCCCCGGUAGGCUGUUAUCACAUCGAAUGGAAAAUUGACUCCAAAUUACGAGUAUAUUGACGAGUUAAGAAAAGGGUAUGAUGUUUAACUUUUUUUAUAAGCAGUCUAGUUAACCAGGGUCGUACACAGGGGGGGGGGGCAGGUGAAAAAACGAAGAAAACUUAGACUUAUUAAUUAUUCUUUUGGUAUUUGGGACUUUUUUCGGCAUAUAUGUAGGCCUUAUUGCCCCCCUGGUGGAAAAAAUCCUGCGUAUUACCUAUGCGAAUAUUUUAAGAACUAAGAAAGAUUUGGAGAAUCUCUGAAACCUUUUCCACAUAAUUAUAAAGUUCUUUCAAAAAAGGGAAACUCAUAUUUUUUUACCAAAUCACAAUUAGCAAAAUGCCAAUACAUUUUUCAUUGGUCUGAAAAUUUUCUGAGUUUCUGCCAUGUUCUCACGAACAGCAUAAAAAUUGGAACAGUAUAUAAAAUAAUAACGAAUUGCAAAAUCUGUUGAUAGAAUAAAAUAUAUUUUACUGCCGGUUGGUUGGUCAGAAAAACGGGAUGCAUAAUGAACCAGGAUAUUUUUUACAUGGCCGUAAUAGAGAUUCCACGCAAUGUAAGCGUUAAUUAAAACUACAGUCGAACCUCUAUUAAGCGGCCCUCCAUUAAGCGGCCACCCUCUAUUAAACGGCAACAUAUCGAAGUCCCUAAAUUUUUGUAAUACAAAUACUAUAAACUAUUCCUCUAUUGAACGGCCACCUCUAUUAAGCGGCCGCGGCCACCCAAAGAGCGGUCCCAAAUGAUGUUUUAUGUCGAUUUUUACCUCUAUUAAGCGGCCAGCCUGCAGGAUUUACUUGGCGCAACACCUUGUCAAGAGAGCCGAAAAUAAAAGUCGAGCUAAUUUGCUUUAUUUGUAAAAUAAGGCUUAAAAAUUUUGUUUUAACGCAUGCCAUUUCACACCUCAAAAGCUUUACACCUCAAAAGCAUUGACUACGCCCAGGGUCUAUUAUUUGCGUUAUUGCGUACCUCUAUUUAGCGGCCACCUCUAUUAAGCGGCCACAAAGCCGAUCCCCAAAGGAUGGCCACUUAAUAGAGGUUCGACUGUAGUUUGUUGUUUCGGAAUAAGGAAAUUCAUAUCUGUUUCUGCUUCAGCCAAGAACCUGUAAAACCGGUAGUCCCAACAGUAAAAGAACCUACAACAGCACCUAUUGGUACUAAGGACAUUGAUAUCAAACAUAAAGUAUUACUACUCGGUUCUGGCUUGGUUACCGGUCCAGUUGUGGAGUAUCUUAUGAGAGAUCAGUCUAUACGCCUUACAAUAGGUAAGUACAGUAAGUUUUUUGCCUAG